UUAUAGUUUAUACUCAUGGCUCUUCCCACUUAGCCGCAACCAUUCUUCUUCGUCUCUUCUCUUCCUCCUCCUCCUCCUUCACUUCUUCAUCGUAGCAGUUAUUCCAGUCUUACAGAGGUUGUGCUCUUCCUCCUUCUUCUUCACGUUUUCAUCAUAGCAGUAGCAGACUAGCAGCUAUUCCAGUCUCAGUCAGAGAGGUUGUACCAAGCUACCAAAGGCAUAGUGUCAUCACUUUGAACCCAUCUUUUCUUCUUCCUCUUCUUCUUCGUUACUGGUAUCGAGAUUUCUCCAUGAAUUUGUGUUCUAGACGUGUGUUUUAAAGCCAGCAUAUCAUAUUUCUCCAUUGAACGAAAUAUAACAAGAUUUUCAGAUCGGGAUUCAAGCAUAAAUAGAACCGCGAAGCAGACCCGAUUCCUGUCGGUUCGGGUUUUGCUCGGUUUCAGAGUUUAGAAAUCAUCAAACCGACCCGAAUUUUGUUCAGACGGUUCGGUCUCAUUUUUUUUUCUUUCCAAACAAAAACUCUCCCUCCCUCUGAAACAGUGAAACGUAGGGUUGUGAAGUGGGGAAUUGUAAAUGGCGGAGCACAUACCUGAAGAUGUGUUGAAAAAAAUCUUCCAGAGGUUGCCUAUCAAAUCCUUAAUCCGCUUCAGCUCCCUUUCGAAGCGCUGGCGCUUCAUCAUACUCCGCGACCGUCAGUUCGCCACAUCCCAGUACCAAAUCGCUUCCGGCAACAACAAAAGUGUCUGUCUCCACAUCGGCUUUAAGUCUGACUCCUUCCAAUCGCUGAACUUGCAAACAACGACGUCGGCUUUGAGAAAUCUUCGCUACCCAUUCAGGCAACCUCACGUUUACUUACUCUCAUCAUGCCGUGGUUUGGUGUUUGCAAGUUUCAAAGCGUGGGGAUUACAAGCUUAUAUGUGGAACCCAUCAACUGGGUUCUUCAAAAAACUUCCUCAUCCAGAUGCUGACGUCAUGUCCUCAAACAUAACUGGUUUUGGGUAUAUCUCGGCCACCGACGACUACAAGAUUCUCAUGGGUUCUUCAAAAAAAUUCUGUAUCUCGGCCAGGUACGGGGAGGUACAGAAGGCCAAGAUCUGGAUCUUCUCGUCGAAAUCCAACUCUUGGAAGAGGAUUCAAGACUGUCAAUCGCCCGUCUGUCCAAAGACAACCGAGGGGAGUCUUUUAAACGAGGCAUUUCAUUGGCUGGAGACGUCUUGUGUCGUUGCUUUUGAUUUAGCAGAUGACAAGUUCCGGAAAGUGCCGCUGCCUGUUGACUUUGCUGCUGACUAUUUCAGACGUCUAGGGGACUUUGGAGGUUGUCUGUGUGUGUUUGGUCUGGCUGAUACUACUGCUGGCUCUUUGGAUUUGUGGGUCAUGAGGGAAUAUGAUGUGGGUAACUCAUGGACUAAGCUGUUUAACAUAAAGUAUACCAAUCAGCCUGAGCGGAUAUAUUAUGUCAACCCAAUCUUUGUUAUGGAAACUAGUACAUUCCUGGUGAUAAAUUCCGACUCUCUAACGGGGGUGAAGUUGGUAAGGAGUUAUCAUAACGAAGACAAGAUCGAAGACAUUCAUUAUAAUGAGGAUAUAUUCUCAAUGAUUGGAUAUGAAGAGAGCCUACUUUGGCUUGAGUAAAUGAUUACUCUCUGCAUCCAAAUUCAGGGAUUUUAGGGUGUACACAUACAAGAGCAAGUGCGAGGACCAGAUGAAGUGGAUCCAGUUCUGAGGAUCCUGGAGGACCUUGCUCCAAGUCACCAGUUCCCCUGAGCUAUUGUUUAUUAGAGGCUAUAUAUGCAUCUGUGUUAAUUUGUUGUUAAUGUAUGAAAGUGAUAUGCUAAGAUAAUGUUUCAGUUGUGUUGUUCUGAAUUCUGAGGGUAUAUAAAAUCAUCGUGUUAUUAAAUUAAAUGAUAUCAAGUUUGUUGGUUUUGAA